CUUCUUCUGCUGUCAUCUUUUUUCUUUGGAAUCCAAGAUGGCAGCAGUCUUCCUCACUUGGGUUCUUGUUUCUGCAAUCUUUUUUGAGCCUUUUGUGAAUGCUAGGCCCUCACCGGUGGCUAGUGAUAAGAGACUCAAUUCAUCGGACAAUGAGCAUCUCGUAACUAAUUUGCCUGGCCAGCCAGACGUGGACUUCCGGCACUACGCCGGCUAUGUUACAGUGAAUGAAAAGAAUGGAAGGGCACUCUUUUAUUGGUUCUAUGAAGCCACCACUCAGCCUGAUGAUAAACCUCUGGUGCUGUGGCUUAAUGGAGGCCCUGGGUGCUCUUCUGUGGGAUAUGGAGCAACACAAGAGAUUGGUCCUUUCUUAGUGGAUAAUGAUGGACGUGGAAUUAUAUAUAAUCCCUACUCAUGGAAUAGAGAGGCCAACAUGCUAUUCUUGGAAUCUCCUGUUGGUGUUGGCUUUUCAUACUCAAACACAACCUGUGAUUACAGUGCUUUGGGAGAUGAUUUCACUGCCAAUGAUGCUUAUGCUUUCCUGCAAAAGUGGUUUCUCAGAUUUCCAUUGUACAGAAAAAGGGCAUUUUAUAUUGCUGGAGAAAGCUAUGCAGGAAAAUAUGUUCCGGAGCUUGCUGAGCUGAUACUUGAUCGGAACUCGGCGGAUCCAUCCCUUCACAUUGAUCUCAGGGGUGUUCUGAUGGGUAAUCCUGAAACGAGUGAUGCUGAGGACUGGACAGGAAUGGUGGAUUAUGCUUGGAGCCACGCUGUUAUAUCAGAUGAAACACAUCAGAUAAUCAGAAAAAGCUGCAACUUUAACAGUAACGAUACAUGGAGCAAUGAUGAUUGCAAUCGAGCUGUCGAUGAAUUAUUCAGACAGUAUAAUGAGAUUGACAUUUUCAGCCUCUACACUUCAAUUUGUAUUGGUGAUGCAGCAAGUUCAGACGACAAAGCUCUGCAACUCAUGUUUACACGUUCAUCUACAAUGAUGCCAAGGAUUAUGGGUGGUUAUGAUCCAUGCCUGGAUGAUUAUGCAAAAGCUUUCUACAAUAGACCUGAUGUUCAAAAGGCUCUUCACGUCAGUGAUGGUCACCGGCUCAAGAACUGGAGCAUCUGCAAUCACAAGAUAUUCAAGGAAUGGUCAGAUUCAAAGCCAUCAGUUCUUCCAAUAUACAAGAAGCUGAUUGCUGCUGGACUUAGAAUAUGGGUUUACAGUGGAGAUACAGAUGGAAGAGUUCCUGUGCUGUCCACAAGAUACAGCUUAGGCUCUCUGGGACUUCCUGUCACCAAAGCAUGGAGGCCUUGGUACCAUCAGAAGCAGGUGAGUGGUUGGUUUCAAGAAUAUGAAGGGCUAAUGUUUGCAACAUUUAGAGGAGCUGGGCAUGCUGUGCCUAUAUUCAAACCAAGUGAGUCACUAGCAUUUUUCUCAGCUUUUCUUCAAGGGGAAUCUCCACCUUCUUCAAGAUAGAUCAUCCAUGCUCAGUAAUGGCUUGGCUAAUGCCUGCGUUGCUGGCUAAAGAUUUGCCUUUCAUAGUGUACGAGGUUGUAAUUAAUUAGCAGACUGUAGUCAAAUACUAAAAAUAAAAAAAAAAAACAAAUUAAGUGUGCUGCUAAUGUUGUUCCUAGACUGCUAGUUCUUGUCUUUGUGAGCAGAACAAAGCUCUUCAUGCUCAUCAAGAAAGAUAGAGAUAGAAAAAUUAAUGGAUACCCAGUUUCCUAUUA